UAAUUAAUUUUUAUUAAUCCCUUAAGCACGUGUCUAUUGUUAUAUGAAAAACAUAUUGGUUUUAUUUAUUCCCGCUUGAAUGGAAUUAACAACAAAACGUUUUGACGAAAAGGACAAUGAAUUUUAUGGUUGAUUUCGCUCACUAUUUCGCUGUUUUCUUAUUUGGUAUCUAUAGUGGAUUUUUCCACGGGACUAAAUACUAGUAUAGAAAUAACAAGAUAUGCUACCAAGUAUAUCAUUUUACUUACGAUUAUAGCUCGUUAGUUUAUACAGCUCGCAAAAGUAAUGUCACAAAGCUAGUCUUUGAUAGAUGCAACUAUAUUUUGUAGAAUCGAGCAUUCUCGCUAUGAAGAUUGGCUGUGCAAAAAUGUCGCUGGUUAUCACGCUUUUGUUCGAAUAUGUAUUUGCUUUACGAAAUAAGAAAAUCCUGGAAAUAGAUUGCACUAAACACAAAUAUGCAUACUUUUCUACACCUGAUGUUCUCUCAAUGCUGGUAUGUUAUAACGGUACACAGCAUAUUGUUGAAUGUCCUCCAUAUCAAUUGUAUAUUCCUGGUUUCCCACACUGCACCAGUGCAGCAAAAUACAAAAACAACAAAGACGAUUUAUGCGCUGCAUUAACACAGAAGUCAAAAUACAUUACAAAUCCUUGGAACUGUCAUGGAUUUCUCGCGUGUGUUAAUGGCCGUUCACGUGGUAACAUGCAAUGCGCGCUCAAAUACCUUGUUUACAACCCGUAUACAGAACGUUGCGAAUACCCGAGUCAGUACAAGUGUCGACAGAUAUAAUUUACUUCAUAACUAUAAUGCCUUUUAAAUACAAAAUAUUGUUUUGUUUCAUUAUUUUUAAUUUGGAUAUCUGUUGAGCCAGUAGCACUUAAUCAUAAGUUUUUUUUUCUUCCUUCACAACUAUGUAUCUAAAAUGAAUAAGGUAUCAACAUUAAACGUGUCGCAUAAGAGUAAUCUAAGGAUAAUCUUACCCGGGAACUAACAAAAUUAAAGAUGUUAACCUGCUCUAAUUUUUACUAAUCUUCGUAAAAAAAUGGUAAAGUUAAAUUUUAAAUGUUACAUUUAUUAUAAUUUCUCUGCCUGUAUAGCAUCUAUUCAACAACUUAGUACCACUUUUUGAAGUAGUAUUUUUUGUAUUUGCUUGCCUUUCCACACAUUACCAGGUUAUUUGAAGUUUAUGAUUUAUAUAAGGAGAGCAAUCACCUGAACGAAAAAGGUUUACAUACAUUUACAUUUGACAUCGAUGCGCAGUAAUCGCAACAAGCACAAUAACUUUCUAAUAUUUUAUCAUUCAACGACGUUG